UUGAAAGCCAUGGAUGAUGGUGUUGUUGAUGGACCACGUUCCUCAAGUGUAACCGUUAACGUGACCAUCGUCCGUAACAUUGCACCAGCCUUUGCCUCAAACUUGACCCUUCCACAGAUUAAGGCUGAUGAUCAAAACUUCAGAUACACUGUUGCUGCCACAGAUCCCAACACACAGAAAGAGUUCCAGAUUAGUAACUAUUUACUCAUUGGGGAUUCAGAGGCUAAAAAGUUCUUCACAAUGUCUAACACCGGGAACCAUUACCAUUCUUCAGUCCCUGUUGAGUGACAACAAGUACCAAACCAGUUACACUCUGGAGGUGCAAGUGGAAGAUGGUGGGGGACUGACUGCACGACAGACUGUCAUCAUUCCAGUCGAUCGUAACCUCAAUGUGCCACGCUUCACUGGGCAGCUGAACUUUGUUGUCAAUAUAUCAGAGACUAGCCAACUUCUUGACACCAUAGUCAAUGUCACUGGUACAGAUGGUGACCAGAGCAUAUGGGGUCAGCUAAGUUACCGUAUCAUAGACGAUGGCUCAGGCACAACAAGCUACUUUGAUGUUCGAACCUCAGGAACUAAUGGAGAGGUCUACCUGAAGCGGUCAUUGGCAAAGUCUGGCCGAAACCAAUAUGUGUUUGUGAUUGAGCUACGUGAUCUUGGAAUACCAACAAGUCUGCUUGCUACAGACAGAGUUUACAUCACUGUCAAUGCGAUUCGCAACAACCAGCCCCCACUGUUUUUUGGUGAUGUUUACAAUGUCACCAUCAGUGAAAGAGAAUCAGUGGGAUAUUCGGUGGUGCGAGUGUUUGCUAAUGACAGUGAUCCAUCACCCUUUAACAGUAUCACAUAUUCCAUAUUGCCUGACCGCUACACACUCAGCCACAACUUCUUUGCUGUGGAUAAUAUUAAUGGACAGAUCACUGUCGCUGCAAACCUGCAGUCCACUCCUACUGAUCUUUUCCUGAUUACUGUGCAAGCAGCAGACAGUGGAUCACCUCAGCGUGUUGCAUAUGCUCUUGUGUACUGCUAUGUGCUACGUAAUUUUGAGACCCCUGUCUGGCCUCAGCCAAGCUAUAGUGUCACCAUUCCUGAAAUUCAAGCUAUUGGAACUUCAUUUCUCACAGUUACAGCAAAUGACAGAGAUAGCCAGCCCCCCAACAACAGGGUGACUUGCUAUCUGACAGGUGAUACAGCUGCGCAGACAUACUUUGAUGUGGUAACAGUGAGCAAUAACAAUGGUGUCAAUACCUGUCAAUUGCGAGUACGUGUACCACUUGUGUAUGAUUCCAACAGACCAGCCAGCUAUAAUGUUCGAGUUAAGGCAGUGGAUGGUGGAUAUUCUCAGAGAGAGUCUGUGGAACUGCCUGUGCAAGUUUUUAUUAGCCGCAAUCAGUAUCCACCUGUAUUUGUUGGAGACCCUUAUGAGGUCCUAGUUCACAUGCCAGUCAGUGCAGGACAGGUGCUGACCACAGUCACGGCUAGAGAUGAAGAUACUGUAUAUCCAUUUGGAACCAUCACCUACAGCCUGAUUGCACCUUCAAACACUCCACAGCUAUUUGCAGUAAACUCUACUGGGCAUAUAACUUUGGUAUCUGCUGCCUCCCUUAGCGGCGCACAGGAAGAGUACAUUACUUACGUUCAAGCUGCUGACGGUGGUAUUCCAAGUCUGACAGACAUUGCAUUAGUGAGGGUCAUCGUUGACCGCAACCAGAAUGCACCGACCUUUUCUUCCACCAGCACUGUCAUCCCCAUUACUGAGGACAGCAGUCCUGGCAACAUCAUUGGAAACUGCAUAGCCACAGAUGCUGAUUCAUUCGUAGCAAACUCUUUGCCUGAGAACUACAAGAUCACAUACACAUCCAGCGCCACCUCUAAUGCCCUGGCCUAUUUUGGCGUUGAUCCGACGAACAGCAACAUUUUCAUCAGGAGGGACCUUGUUGGUGAUCAGUCUCCUAGCAAUGGUCAAUACAUUUUGGUGCUAACAGCAGUUGACAGUGCUCAAUAUCCCAGAUCAGCACCAAACUCCUGCACAGUGACAAUCAAUGUUGAGCGAAACCGCUAUCCUCCAGUGUGGCAGAACUUGCCCUAUGACUUCACCGUCACUCGUCAGGCUCUAGCUGGCAGCACUGUGUCUAACAAGAUUCUAGCCACAGAUGCUGACGCUCCUGGACAGUAUGGCCAAGUCCGUUACCGCCUUGUAGAGCAGGGUGUGCCUGGCCUUUUUGCCAUCAAUGAGUCUACAGGUCUUCUGGUGCUAAAUACCAGUAUCAGCACUCAGUCAAAUAACAUCUUCUAUCUGGUGGUGGAAGCCUACAACAUGGGCAACCGACCUCAGAGGAUCUAUGAGCGAAUAAUAGUACGAGUUGAUCAGAACCUGUUUGCUCCCACAAUCGACUUUCCUGGAGUAUCGGUUGGGUACAAGGAUACUGUGGAAAUUUUAGAGACAAGGCCUGUCAACAGUGCCUUUUACAAAGUCAGUGCCAGCGAUGCUGAUGGAAGUGGGCCGUAUGGAACAGUCUACUACUACUUGGUCAGUGGACAACCAGUCAUUGAGAAGUUUUUUCAAGUGAAUGACCAAACUGGAGAUGUGUCUCUUCGCUCCACUGUUGUUGAUGAGCCUGAAUUGUUGUAUCAGGUGUUGAUCUCUGCUCGUGACCGGGAUUCUGUGCCAAAGUCAUCUACAGCCACAGCUACCUUGUCUGUCAGUGUGUAUCGGAACACAUAUGCUCCUCAGUUUCAGAAUGUAGCCUCUUAUGCCACUGUCAUCAACGAGGACAUCAGUGUGCCCUCUGUUGUUACAAGGGUGACAGCAACGGAUGCAGACAAGCCAAACACUUAUGAACAGGUGUCUUUCAAGCUGAUAGGAGACACAUUUUUUAACCUAUUCCGAAUCAACAAUGCUGGAGAGGUGACAUUGUACAACUCGCUCCGUGGCAUAACACAGGACUACUUUCUUCUUCAAGUUCAAGCUUUUGACAAUGGCUCUCCUCCUCUCAUCAAUGAGACAAUUUUUCGCAUCACUGUGAACAGAAACCUUAAAACUCCACAGUGGAAUGAUACAAACUAUGAAGUGAACAUUUCAUCAACUCAGGCAGUUGACAGUGUCCUCCUGAAUCUAAGAGCUUAUGAUUCUGAUACAACGGCACCUUACAAUCAGAUUGAGUUCUUCCCCAUCAAUAGUAGUGACCCAGCCUUCAGUUGGUUCCAGUUCAGUGCCACAGGUGCUCUUUCUGUUCGUGUUCCUCUCUACACUGACAUCAAUAAAACUUCGCGGUUCCAGUGGCGUAUGGGAGUUAGAGAUAAGGGCACCCCACCUCAGGUACAGACUCAGCAAGCAACAGUGACUGUUAAUGUCUUCCAUAAUCAAAGAACCCCUCAGUUCUCCAAUUGUCCCACCACCAUUGCAAUGAAAGAGGAUGUACCAACUGGACAGUCUGUGUAUUUUAUUACAGUUACAGAUCAGGACACACCGCCAUUUAACCAAGUUGACUUACAACUUAUUGGAGAUGGUGGUGCAGUGGGCCUCUUCCAGCUGAGAGAGUCACCUAGCCGACUUGUGCUUACUGGCAGCUUGGCAGCAGAUAGUACUGAACUUUACAGACUGCGUAUAAUGGCGCAAGAUAAAGGAGUACCACCACUGACAUCGACUUGCGUUGUUACUGUGACUGUAGACCACAACUUACAGUCACCAGCCUUCCAAUCUCAGGUCUACAGGGCAGCUGUGUCAGAGUGUGCUCCCUUUGGGCUGUCUGUUCUCUCAGUCCGAGCUACUGAUGGUGACAAAUUUAGUCCCUACAAUCAAGUGACAUUCACUGUGGCAAACCAGUACUUUGCUGUGGAGACUCAAAGUGAUGGUAGUGGUCUGAUUUAUCUGAAGGGAGACUUGCGUACAGACCCACAGAAUCCAAGCGAGUACAGGGUGCUAGUAGUUGCUACUGAUGGUGGCAGAAGAACAGAUAACACCACAGUCACAAUCAGUGUUUCACGCAACAUGGUGAACCCCACAUUUGUUGAUGUCACCAACAGCAACUACAACAUCACCAUUGACAACGAUGUUUCUAUCAGUACUCCUGUGUAUAAUGCACAGGCUACAGACUCAGGCAACUUCUCUAAACUGACAUUUACAUUGCUUGGAGACACAACAGCUUUGCAAAACUUUGUCAUGGACCCAUCUACUGGGGUAAUCUCACCAUCACGCUCUCUGCUGGCGCAAGAAGGCAACUACCUGCUGGAAAUGCAAGUGUGUGAUGAUGGCUGUCCCAACAAAUGUGCCAUCAAACUGUUGACUGUCAACGUCAAUCGCAACCGUUUUUCUCCCGUGUUUGCUUCAAAUUCCUAUGCAGCUGUCAUAUCUGAGGAAGCUUCAUUUGGUACUUCCAUUCUUUCUGUUACGGCCUCUGAUGCUGAUGUUGUGGCUAUCUACAAAAAGGUGUCGUAUGAACUUGUGGCACCUAACAAUCUUUUUGAUCUGAAUUCUGUCACUGGUGCCAUCACUGUCAAAGCUGACCUGACAAAGGCGACUCUCAACACCCAGUCUUUUGAUGUUUCUGCCAUUGAUGGUGGGGGACGACGCAGCACUGUCAAUGCUCAGGUAGUGAUUACCAUCAUCCGCAACAACUACGACCCUGUGUUCUCGGCCAGUAGCUGCAGCGCUAGUCUUGAUCCUGGCACAAACACUGGCACACCAGUUGUGACAGUCUCUGCUUCCGACAGUGACCCUGAUGUUCUUGGGAAUACUAAUGUGCCUAGCUACUUUGGUUCAGCCAGUUUGAGCUACAGUCUGAUAGGAGAUGAUGGCAACCAGAAUAAAUUUGCCAUUGGCAGUAAUGGUCAGAUAACUCUUCAAAUCAGUAUUGCAAAUGACAGUACUGAAACCUACAGGGUUCGUGUUCAAGUUAGAGAUGGUGCCAAGAACUACAGGUCCAACAUCAAGGUAUGCUCCAUCAGUGUGACUCGUAAUCAGAACAGCCCACAAGUCUUGGUGGCAGCACCUAGUACCACCAUACUUGAAAUCGUCAACACUGGCACUAUUGUGCAAAAUAUAAGUUACACAGAUGCUGACACUUCUAGUCCUAACAACCAGGUGACCUUCACACUGACAGGCCAGCCAGAGUGCAUCAGCUAUUUUGGCAUUUUAUCUAAUGGUGGACUGUAUGUUCGGCAAGAUUUGGUACCAGAUACACGCACUCAGUACAUUUGUAAUAUAAUGGCCACUGAUCUUGGAUCUCCAGCAAGGAAUUCUUCAAACACAGGAACUGUUACCAUCAGCGUUGUUCGCAAUCGAGCUCCUUCAUUUGACAGAUCAUCAUACACUGGCCAGAUUAACAGAGAUGCUACUGAUGGUGCUGUCAUUACAUCAUUUAACUGUCACUGAUCCUGACACAAACAUCAAUCCAUUUGAAAGGUGUCUGUGUCAAUCAUUGCUGGAAAUGAAAAGAACUUUUUCACAAUUGGUGCUGAUAGAACUACUGUCCAACUUCAGCAUGCUGCAGAUCUUGCUGCAGACAGUGGCACUUCCUACCCUCUCAUUCUGCAAGUAAAAGAUGAAGGCCGCUCAUCUAAAACAGGCACAGCAGCAGUCAGUGUUAUAGUUGUACGCAAUCUGUACAGCCCAGUCUGCAGCACUGCAAAUCCAGAUAUUGUCAUCAACUUUGACACAUCACCAGGGAAAGACAUUGGGUUUUUCAAUGCCACAGAUCAAGAUCCA